AAAGGUUAAUGGAAAUGCAGUUGUAUUUGUUGCACUCUAUGUUGAUGACAUCUUACUCACUGGGAAUGAUGUAGGGAUGUUGCAAUCAACUCGGACAUGGUUGUCAAAACAGUUUUCCAUGAAAGACUUGGGAGAAGCAUCUUUUAUCCUUGGGAUAAAAAUCUAUAGAGAGAGAUUUAAAAGGAUGAUUGGACUAUCCCAGUCAACGUACAUAAAUAAGGUGCUAAAAAGGUUUAGCAUGGAAGAAUCCAAACGUGGAUAUAUUCCAAUGAGUCAUGGGGUUUCACUUUCUAAGACGAUGUCUCCAAAUACACCUGAAGAAAGAGAAUGGAUGAGUCAUAUACCUUAUGCAUCAGCUAUUGGUAGCAUUAUGUAUGCGAUGUUAUGUAUAAGACCUGAUGUGGCUCAUGUACUUAGUGUAACGAGCAGAUAUCAGUCUAAUUCAGGUGAAGAACACUGGAAAGCCGUUAAGAUGAUUCUUAAGUACUUGAGAAAGACUAAGGAUAUCUUUAUGGUGUACGAAAAUAGAGAACUGAACCUAGAAGGCUUUACUGAUUCUGGUUUUCAGUCCGAUAAAGAUGACUUUAAUUCCAUGUCUGGUUACUUGUUUACUCUGAAUGGAGCAGCGGUUAGUUGGAAAAGUUCCAAACAAGAAACAAUUUCUGACUCCACAACAGAAGCUGAAUAUAUUGCUGCAUCUGAUGCUGCAAAGGAAGUUGUUUGGAUAAGGAACUUCAUCCAAGGGUUGGGUGUAGUACCAUCUGUUGUUGAUCCAAUAAUGAUUUAUUGUGAUAACAAUGGGGCUAUUGCGCAAGCAAAGGAGCCAAGAUCUCAUCAAAGAUCCAAGCACAUUAUGAGACGAUACCAUUUGAUUAGAGAAAUCAUUGGUAGAGGCGACGUCGUGAUGGAGCGAGUCGACUCAGCAGAAAAUAUAGCAGACCCCUUGACUAAGCCCUUAUCACAAAAACGUCGCGAUCGCUGCCCGCCUCCAUCGACCUGCUCCUCACCGCAACCUGUUCGUGUGCAGCAGUCGUUCGUGCGUUCCAGGCCGUCGCUGUUCGUGCUCCCUGUCGCCGUCCAGCACCCCCGCGAAGCCCGCAGGCCUUCUCCCGCAAUCGCAGUAGCCCCUUCUCACCUCCGUUCGAACCCUCUUUCGUGCAAAUCUCCCCGAGAAAGGUACAAGGCUGAAAACCCCCUUAUUUUUAUGUGUGUAUAU